CAGUGUAUUGCUGUAUAUUUUAGGGCAGGGGGAUAAAGUCUGUAUGCUAGUACAAUCAAGGUUAGAAUGGGUCCAAGACUGGAGUGGGUCCAGGGCUGUAGCCCCAGCUCAGAGUGACUGUCCUCAGGUAUUUCCUCCUAAGACAGCCAGGGUUGGAGUGGACCCAGAGGAGUGUUGGAGCUGCAAGUCAGAGCGGUGUAUUUCAGAACAGACAGGGGGAAACCAUCCAGGGCUUUAUUACACCUACAACACAGGAGGGUGGAUGAAGGGAGGUGUUGCCCUUCUUUGACCACUGUGUGUUCCAGGCAAGCUAUCCAGGGCUACAGUGGAUCUACAGCACCUGUUUCCUGUACAUCCAGGACUGGCGGAGAGGAGAACUGGAUCUGCCUACACUAUAAUUGAUUGGAUUUACAUAACGCUUUUCAGUGUGCAAAGCGCUUUACAUGCCACUGUAGGCUACACCAGGCAGCUCUCCUUCUUCCCCGAGACGCCAGCGGUCAGAGUGCUGUAUGUCAGUACAUCCAGAAGAAGAGUGGAUCCAGUGCUAUAUCUGAUCUAAAACCAAGGAAGAGCAUGGAAGUGUGGAUGAGACCGCUGUGUUCCUAGACCGCUGUGUUCCUAGACCGCUGUGUUCCUAGGCCGCUGUGUUCCUAGACCACUGUGUUCCUAGACAGCUGUGUUCCUAGGCCGCUGUGUUCCUAGACCGCUGUGUUCCUAGACCGCUGUGUUCCUAGACCACUGUGUUCCUAGACCGCUGUGUUCCUAGACCUCUGUGUUCCUAGACCUCUGUGUUCCUAGACCUCUGUGUUCCUAGGCCGCUGUGUUCCUAGACCGCUGUGUUCCUAGACCUCUGUGUUCAUAGACCUCUGUGUUCCUAGACCUCUGUGUUCCUAGACCUCUGUGUUCCUAGACCGCUGUGUUCCUAGACCUCUGUGUUCAUAGACCGCUGUGUUCCUAGACCUCUGUGUUCCUAGACCGCUGUGUUCCUAGACCGCUGUGUUCCACUGUAUUAGAAUCCUCUUGACUUUCUGAGAGGAAGACGGCCAUUAUGACGGAGUGGACGCUCCUCAAACGUCUCCUGGACGCCGUCCACCAGCACUCCACCAUGAUUGGACGCCUCUGGCUCACCGUCAUGGUGAUCUUUCGCCUCCUCAUCAUUGCCGUGGCGACUGAGGACGUGUACGCCGAUGAGCAGGAGAUGUUUGUGUGCAAUACCCUGCAGCCGGGCUGCGCCACAGUCUGCUAUGAUGCCUUCGCGCCCAUCUCACAGCCGCGCUUCUGGGUCUUCCACAUCAUCAGCGUCUCGACUCCGUCUCUCUGUUUUAUCAUAUAUACGUGGCAUAAUCUGUCGAAGCUGCCGCAGGGACACAGCGGACAGGGCCAGGGGGUUAACCCAAGGGACUUGUCUCGAGACGGGGGGAAGGAUGGAGGUCGAGAGGCAUUCAACCGGAGCUGUGACUCGGAUAGCUGCUCCAUCCGUUCACACCGGCACUUAGGUCACAGCUUGGCCAAUGUCUUGGAGGGAAUCACUGCCCAGAGGGGUCCUGGAGGUGGAGGAGGAACCGGAGGUGUCCUCUCCAAGUACUACGUGUUCCAUGUGUGUUUCCGGGCGCUGCUGGAGGUGGGCUUUGUCAUGGCCCAGUGGUUCCUCUUCGGCUUCCGAGUGCCAUUCCACUUUUUGUGCAAGGCCCCACCCUGCACGCAGCCCGUGGACUGCUACGUGUCACGGCCCACAGAGAAAACCAUCUUCCUCCUCUUCAUGUUCUGCGUGGGUCUCUUCUGCAUCCUCCUCAACCUUCUGGAGCUUAAUCAUCUAGGAUGGAAGAAGAUCAGACACUCAGUGAGGCUCAGGGAGGGAGGAUCAUGGGGGAAUUAUGGGACUUUCUCUCCCGACAGCCCCUCACUGAUGUCGUCUCUGGGCCUUAGGGAUGUCACCAGUACGACGUUGCUACCGAACUUGGAUCUGGUAGUCGACCACCGGCCUGACUGGACCUGUGCUGGGAACUGUUCCCCAUUUAAUAAGAAGCCUGAUGCUGGUAUAGAGACAGAGCUGCAGCUUCCCAACAACCAGGAGCUCCAGACAGGAGAGACACAGCUUCUGAAGAGCAAAGGGAAGGGCUGGAAAUCCAAGCUGCGCAGUACGGAGGUCUGGAUAUGAAGGAAAGAAUUGAAACGCUGUAUAGUUCUCUGUCAUUAUUCCAUGACAACUACUAGGGAAUGACUUGUUACAGGAUGCUGUGUUUGCAAGUCCAUACAGAUGUACUGUGGUACUCAUCACUGGUAAUGUUGUUUCCCAAGAAAAUAGAGAAAAUACACCAGAGUACCUGAGUGUCUGAGGUGUGGAUAUGAGCCAACAUUUGACCAAGCUUCCCUCAGCACUGUGCUGUUUACAACUGUGGUUCUCAAGCAUUUAUGACUCACAAAAACCUUUAGGAAUAGAGGCACAUUUUGACUGACUCAACCUUUUUGACUAAAGCUAGAAUAGAACAAGUCGUUCCAGCCACAACCCAAAAGAUUUCAGCCCUCUCCUGCCAUCUGGGAAUCACUGGUCUAUAGACAUGAUAUACUUGGUGAGUCUUAAAACCUGAAAUCCACUAAAAGGAUGAAAAUGUACAUUUUCCACCAAUGUUGUACUGUACCAAGGUCAUUUCUGUGCGUGUCAAUUGUCCUAUAUGUGGAAAAUGCUACUUCGUAGCAGGGCUCUGAGCCCUCAAUUAUGAGGGUUAUUUAUAUCAUUUGUAUAAUUGAAUCUAUGGAAGGGCUGAAGUCAAUUCCAUUUCCACUCAAGUCUAUUCAGGAAAGGAAUUAAUUGUCCAUCACUUUCAAUACUCAUUUUUAAAUGUUUUUCAUUCACUGUGUUGGUCGUUGGAAUGGAACUGAGCCCAACCUGCUAAGGUGAGUGUAUAGAGACUCAUACAUACUGGAACUGUGCUGUGUAUGGUAGGAACAA